GUUCACAGGGUAUAUAACGGCACCAACUGUGAGUUGGACUUGUACCCUAAAGCUAAGCCUAAACAAAAAAAUAUCUGCUCCUCAACCAAAUCGCAGUGUCUUUCUUUGAGGGGUCUCAAAGAUUGUCUCUACAAAUGGCACUACACGUUACCAAGAUAUCCAACCAAGUUCGUCUUUCUUCUCUCUUUAAGGUGAAACAUCUGUAAAGUGCAAAGAUGGACACACCAUUAAGUUCGGCUGACCUCUCUGAGAUGUUACUGGCGGGGACCAAGGAGUCCCACACCAAAACGGAGAUCUCCCCGUUGGGCAGAGACUUCUACAGAGGCAUAGUCAAAAAGGACGUCCUUAAGAAAGGGAUCGAAGCUCUGUACUUUAUUUAUUCGGCCAUGGAGGAUGAGCUGGAGCGGAAUAAAGACCACCCUUACCUUGCUCAGAUCUAUUUUCCUACGGAGCUCUACCGCCGGGAAGCCCUGGCCCAGGACCUGCAGUACUUCUAUGGAGCGGAUUGGGAGAGCCUGAUAAGCCCCUCUGCAGCCACAAAGCUUUGGGUGAAGCGGAUCCGUGAGGUGGGAAAGAAAGACCCGGGGAUGCUUUUAGCUCAUUGCUAUGUUCGCUACAUUGGAGAUCUAUCAGGUGGACACCUCCUCAAUAAUGUGGCCAAGAAGGUCCUGAGGCUCCCUGCAACAGGGGAGGGUCUGAAGUUUUACACAUUUGAAGGAAUCACCAGUCAAAAGGGCUUUAAGCAGCUUUACCGAAGCAAGCUGAAUGAGGUGGACCUGGAGAUGGAGACCAAAGUAAGCAUUGUGGAAGAAGCUGUCAGAGCCUAUGACUUCUCUUUGAAGGUCAUUGCGGAGCUUGAAGAAAUUGGAAAGUCUAGCAAGGAGGAAGCUGUAGGUUUGGGACACAGUCAUGCAGCCACCAUGGGAGGUGAUGCCAAGUGUCCUUUUUCAGGUGCUAACACAGCUGCUGGUGAGAAUCCAAACUACCUCAGCCAUAUACCCAAUCAGUUGGCCCUGGCUGCCUUGGUUGCCGUCCUUGCUGGGUUUACAGCCUGGUACUCUCUGAGAGCUCCUUGAGGCGCCACUUUAUUACAAAUGGCAUCCUUCUUAGUCCAGCAUAUAAUGCGUUAAUUGGAUAUUGGCACAUUUAGGGCCCUUUUUUAAGCUCCACCUGGUGGAUUAAGCAUAUCUUACAUAAUUGUGCUGCAGAUAGGAAAUCAAACUGGUUUUCUGAUGUGGUGCAUGUUGUGUAGCAAUAAAGUACUUAUGAUGUAUAUGCUAUAGUUAGCCUGCAAACAGAUUCGAGAGAAGCUCCUCUGUAAUUGCCUAAACCUCAAGAUGAAGUCUGACUUUAUUACAUAUAAACUGAAUUUAAGAUUGUGCAGAUAGUGGGAGGUGAACUAAAGAUGCUCUGUACAAAUGGUUGUGUAUUUCUUAAUCAAUAAAAUUUAUGAAUC